AUCACAUGGUUGUUUGAGCGCGAGAUUUUGGAUUCACAAGAACUAUAACCAGAAAAAAUCUUGAUCUGUGUUAAUCAGCAAAAGCUUCAGCCGAAAAUAGCUAGAAAAGUCUUCACCACCGAGCCAACCCGAAGCUAUGAAAGAAAAUUCAGAGUUUUGCUUGCGUCGUAUUGGAGCGCCACCGUCUUUUCCCGGGAUAAGAGACGUAUUCAGUCUGAGUGAGGGGGUAAACAUUGUGGGUAGGAACCCAGGCAAGUCAGACGUCUAUCUAGACUCCAUGAAACACAAAGCUCUCAUAUCAAGACUUCAUGCCAGAAUUAUAUACACUACUGAUAAUGACACUGAGAAACUCACAAUAUGUGACACCAGCUUGAAUGGGACAUUUGUAAACGACAGAAAAAUCAUUGAUACGGUCGGGGUCAAACUGGGGGAUGUGGUUACAUUUGGGCAUCUGAGAGGAGCAGUUCUUGCUCCUGGAACUGUCGCCAAGCAACCAGACUCUGAAUUCAGAUUUAAACUUGACAGACUAUAUCUUCGCCCAAAUAACACUUCAAAUUGCAGACAAAACCAACAACAUGUCCAGCCUAAUCAACAGUCAUCUAAAGGAAGUCCCAAGACAGACCAAAGCCCCUUAAAGAAACCUUUGUUUGAAGCUCUUAUUCCCGACCUGUCACCUCUUCUAAAACAUCAAACGUCCUCAAAGCAUACCACACCAAGAAGUAGUCCAUCUGGACAGCAUAAGUGUUUCAGCAUAACACCAACGCAUGACAGCCCCUCCAUCAUGAGUAUCUCUAGUACCCUGGAGUCUUCUCAGUGCAGUGAAGAUGAUGAACUACUGGCAUUUGCUGUUGCAGCAGGCAAUGCAAUGGAAGAUGAAAGUGAUGAAGAAUUAUUUUCAGUUGAUAUCCCCAGCAAGAUGUCAAUAACCAAUAGUAGGGGUAACACAAAAUCAGAGUCAAGAAUCAGAGAUGAUCCUAAUAGACUUCUGAGUCCAAUGAGUGAGAAAUCCUUUAGUAAUGAUGAUAAAUCAAGAAACAAACAAGGAAAGGCACCAAAAAGAACAAGAAGAAAAACAUUCCCAGGCCAUCGAAGACAAUCAAAAAAGGCCAAACAGACUGUGGAAGAGUCGGUAGAUAAAUGUGCUGCUAAGUGCUGUUUGCAACCACAGGAGGAGUGUGUUACUUGGGUUCAGUGUGACUUUUGUCAGCAGUGGUAUCACGUCUUAUGUGCAGGAGUUGCUCCACAAGAUGUGGAUAACAGUCAAGUAUUAUUUGACUGUGGUUGCAAUGAAUGACCUGAAUUGAAUGACUGACGCAAGAAUAUACAGAUAUUUUGUGUUUCUAAUGUUGAAAUUUACAUGAUCAUAAUACAGGCUAGUUUGGAUGGUUGACUCAGAAAUAGCUGGCUGGAAAUUCUGGUUAUGGGCAUAAAGUACUUGAGAAAUUACCAAUGAAAUUACAAAUGAGUUUGAUUAUAAACAGAUUAUAAAGUAGAGUAUUACACAGAAGAGAGUAAUAUAUUAUUAGUAUUUUAAUAAAAAAACAGUUAGUUGCUUAAUAGUAACAACCA